AUGCCCUGCCGCUCCGGGCCUGGCUCCUCGGUGGGAAGCAGCAGCAAUGAGUGUGCCCACCUGGGAGUGUUGCCCCCCAACCCCCCGGCGACCCCGCCCCUCCCCCGCAGGCAGAAAGCGGGUCGCUGUCUGAGCCGCCGUGUUCACGCCGUGGUGCACACACACGGCCUCUCCUGGGACACCCGUGACCAAGCCUGUGGUCAGGGCUGGCCGGGGCCCCGGGAGGUGCCAGUAGGAGAGACAGGGAGCUCCCCCGUCUACAGGAGCGAGGAGGCCAAGAAGCUGCCUGCAAGGGGAACUCGGGGCAGGGGAGCACGCAGGGACUGUUGGGGGCAGCCCUGCCGCACCCCCCGCGCCGCCCCCGUAAUUGGCCACCGCAGCUCCCCGCGCCGCGGGAGCUCCUCCAGGAGUAUUUUUAGCGCUUCUCCUGCCAGCCCAGUCACAGCCCUGCCGCAAGGGUUUGCCGGCGAGAGCACUUUGAACACCCCGCUGUUAAAUGUCCUCUGCGCGGAUGGGGAGCGGCGGGGGAAGCUGGAUGGAGCUGCGGGGGCAGCGGACGCCCCCAGGGCAGGUUGUGCUAGAGUAAUGAAGGUUCCCGACAGUCGGGGCUCGGCCCGUAACCGGACACGGCCUGUGCGCAUGUCCCCCCCAGCCGCGCAGCGUGACCCUGAGGUCUCAGCUUUCGUGCACUUUGCCAAGUGUUACCUGUUGGGCUUCCGAGAUGCACUUGUUAGUUUGAUUUGCACUAAAAGGGAACACCUGCUUACUACAGUUGACCAGUUCUUCAGCUGCUGGGGCCGCAAAGGCCUCAAGUCACCUGUCCAGAGGGCGUCCUUCCCUGGACAACAGCGGUGGGCGAGAACAGGUCUUGCUGACCCCGAUGCGCGGAGCCAGGCCCAUGACUCGGCCCUGGCCACCUCCCAGCCACUCAGGCAGGACCGCACCCGAGUGGACAGGGAGGCCCCGCUGCACUUUGAUGAGCGGUGCUGGGGUGGCUGCACUGGAAUGAAUGCGCCCCUGUCUCUGCCCCCGCGGGCCUGGCACCUGCUGAAACCAGACCUGGGCCAAGGGCACCGCCUGCAGCUGAGGGCAGAUGCUGGGGACAAAGCCCACCGCUGUCAGAGCCCCUCAGCCGAGCGGGGACAGGAGGAAUCCAGCAGAUUCUGUGAAAUAGAGACAGGGCUUAGGAGGCGCGAGAUGGGCGAGAGGGAGCGCGUGGGUGAGCGCGGAGUGAGUGACGCGCGGGCACCUCCUGGUGUGCGAGCGACUCUCGGCCAAGACGGAUUCCGGCGAGAAAGCAGGACCUGCUGUGGGCUGGCGCCUCCUGCCUCCUGUGGCCUCCCCUACACUGCCAGCCUCCCCUGUGUGAGCAUCGGGACAGCAGUCGUGGGGACCACAGGGCGAGGAGGUGCGGCCGCUCGUCCUCCACCCGAUCGGCAUCUCAUCCUGAAGUGUCAGCCGGAGACCCGUCAGAGCUGCUCGGCCUCAGCCCGACCUGAGUUUGAUGGUGGCAUCCUCACCGCCGCCCUGGGAGGGCUGAGCCGUGAACAACCCUCAUCACAGAUGGGAGAGUGGGGGUCCGAGACCUCCAGCAACUCUCCUAAGGUCACACAGCUGCCGAUGCGAUGGGCACGUCGUCACAGGACCGUCCGAUCGUGCGGGCCGUCCGCUCCCCUCUCUGUGACGCUGACUUCACAUGGGAGUUCCUCUGGGAACACGUGGAUCAGCAGGAGGAGCCCGAGCUCCCGGAAGCACCGGUCCCUCUGGGAAGGAGCUACGGCGGCUCGCCUGCGGCUCCUCCUCUCGAAGGCCUCCCCUGGCCUCAGCUCCCAGGUGGACGGGGGCACGGCCGUGGGCUUCCCGGGCUGCGGUCCUCAGCUCCGUCUGACACCCCAGCGCAUCCUCCACGUCCAGGUUGAGAAGAGGAGUGAACGGGGGCAGUUAGCACGGCCACCGUCAGCGUUCCAACCCCGGCACACUGCUGUUCCUCCUGGACGCUCGCAUCGACCCCACGGCCUCCACGGACGUGCUGUGAAACGACCUAGGCCCGUUCAGCACACGCCGGACACCAGUUACGAGCGGUCAGAGCGCUGCCUGUGCCCGGAGCCCGGCUGA